AUGGGUGAUUUUCAAUUGUACAAAUAUACCCCAACCAUGGCUGGUGCCAUAAUUUUUGGUGCUACUUUCAUUGUAUUAUUGGGAUACAAUAUUUUUAUCAUUUUUCAAAGUCUCUCCAAAGUCAACCUCCAAACCAGAGGGUCACGCCCAUACAACAAGAAUAAUGAAUCCUCAUUAUCUUUAUCACAGAAUAACGUUUGGCGUUUCAAAAAACAGGUUCUUCCUAUGUUUAUUCCUUUGAUGGUUGGUGUCUUGAUGGAAGCUGUUGGUUAUUUUGCUAGAACGCCUUCUCAUGGAAAUAAACAAUUGUUGACUCCUUACAUUAUCCAGUCCAUUCUUUUAUUGAUUGCACCUUCGUUUAUUGCUGCUACUAUCUAUAUGGUAUUCGGCAGAAUGAUGAGACUCUUGAAUGCUUCAGACUACUCCAUUAUUAAAUUCAAGUACCAAACAACUUUUUUUGUUGUGGGGGACGUUUUCAGUUUUUUUGUUCAAUCAGCCGGUGGUGGAAUGAUGUCCCAAAGUGGGAAUCAAGAUCUUGGGCCAAAAAUUGUUAUUGCUGGUUUAAUCAUACAAAUGAUAUUCCUAUUCUUCUUCAUUUUCUCUGAGAUCAAGUUCACAUAUUUGAUCAACAAAAUGCCUACGACUGCUAGUUAUGGAAACAUUAAAACCAGCACCAUGAAUCUUGCUCCGACUGAUUGGAAAAUUUUAAACAGUACUUUGAUUAUUACAAGCAUUUUAAUUUUCGCUAGGUGUGUUGUCAGAGUUGUGGAGUUUGCACAAGGUUUUAAUGGAUUUAUCAUUUCACACGAAGCUUUUAUUUACUUGCUCGAUGGAUUAUUGAUGAUAAUAGUGUCCUUCCUCUUGCUUCGUGUAAGACCAGAGUUGGUAAUGUUUGAAUUGAUGAAUCAAGAAUAUCUAGAAGAAGCCUCUUAUAAUGUUCUAUCAUCUCUACAGGCAUAA